AUGAAGCUUGCAUCAUACUACUAUAAGCGAACCCGCAAGGCCAAGACAAUAAUUGACUUGAUUAGGUCUUACCAUUUGCUUUAUACCGACGCAUACAUGAUGUUGAAUGAAGAAUUGAACGACCUAGAUUCGCGGUUAGCCGCCAACAAUUAUGUCGAGCAACCGGGCGACGGUGCAUUGGUGAUCAAAAACCAAUUAACUUUGUCAUUUUUUGUCAGAUGGCUUAGUUUCAUUCGUAUGGAGACUCGGUACUUUCCUUCACUUCGUUAUGCUUCAUAUUUGACAUCACAAAUCAAUCUAUUUGAUUUGGCAUUGCGUUUCGACAAUCAACUACAAGCGACCAGUGAUGGAACCCGUACAUUUUUUGAGGGUUUAAUGAAUGGGUCACUUUACUACAUCAGAAUUUUUUACCAUUGUCUUGUAUGUCAUGGAAUGUUGUUGUUGGUUCUCGUCAAUUUUUUACCUGCGGAACAUUUAGGUAUUGAUAUUUCAAUCACAGCUAUUGAUUACCAAUGGGUUUUCGAUGAGUGUUACACCAGCUACAAUGAAAUCACCCUAAGGUUAUGGAAAGCGCUGAAGCAAUGCCCAUUACCUCUAGGCUGCACAUCAGAAUUUCAAACCACCUGGCAAGUCAUCACCACUAUUCGGUCUUUAGUGGACGAAUUAUUGCAAGCACCAAGAGAUAGUUUCACCCAGCUCGUCACCUACAUAGACGAAAGCAUGGACAAUACCGAGGUGUGGCAGCACCUUCAUCGAGCAUUUUUUGGGUCGGAAUUGGUGUUUGUAGAAUAUGUGGAAAAGCUAUGGGAUCUCUUUGAAUACAUUGAGAACAAUGCAACCAAGUCCAUUCCCAUCACUCGACUGCUUGAAUUCAGUCAGCAGUUACUAGAGAAUAACCACGGACGAUCCCGAGGCAUCCCAUUAACUCCAGAAAUUGUGGAUAGUUUUGUGGAGCAGCAUUCGCGACCAUCGUACGAGACGGAAUAG